AUGGCUACGUCGGGUGCAGGAGAGGGGUGCUCAAAAUUAAAUGGGGUUCUGUCUGAGACUGGGAACAAAAAAUUGACUGAUCUACCAGCCGAGUUGCUUGAAUAUAUUUUGUGCUUUCCUAUCCUUAAUCACCUCGACAUUUCCAGCGUGUCCUGCACCUGUAAGCGACUACUUGAUGUGUGCCAUGGCAGAGGAAAGGUUUGGGGACAUCAGUACAAACUCAGGUGGCCUAGGCUGCUGAAGAAUUACCGUCAGAAUGAACCUUGUGAUUGGUUGAAGGAAUACAGAACACGGCACGUGGUCGGGCUCCAAAUCCGAAGAACCGUGGAGUCCAUUUCCAAGAGAUUUUUUACCGAAGUUCCUUGCGUUGGUCAGGUUCUGGGGGACAGCUUUGCUGAAAUAGAAGCCCUGGGAGCCCCAGAACACUUCUGCGAAGAUGAGCUGCUUUCCAUAUUGAAUUCAGACAGGAGGAAGAGCCUGACUUUGAAGUACUAUGCAAAGAAAAUCCUUUACUUUCUCCGCCAGCAGAACAUCUUGAGGAACCUGAAGGAGUUCCUGGACCAACCUCCAGAAGAACAGUCAGCGCUCGAGGGUGCUGUGCUUGUGGAUCAGUACUGCAACCCCCUGGCAGACAUCUCGCUGCAGAGCAUAUCCACCCAGCUUGAGGAGAUCACAGAGAAGGUCAGGAAGACGCUGCGGAUGAAAAACCCCUCCCAUCCUAGCCUUCGGGUCAAUCAAGGUGAUUGCUUUGUGGUGGAGGAUUUUGAGCUCCAGAGGCAGGUGGUGUGUGCCCUCAACUCUGUCCUGUAUGACCAGCUUCAGUAUAAGGGCAAUGAGUGUGAUUACUACAACCCACUCAACUCCUACAUCCACCAGGUGCUGCUCCGCCGUACAGGCAUUCCCAUCAGCCUCUCUGUUCUCUACAUGACACUAGCCAGAAAGCUGGGUGUCCAGCUAGAGCCGGUAAACUUCCCCAAUCACUUCCUGUUGCGCUGGUGCCAGCAACGAAGAGGGAGUGAGGAUAUCUAUGAUUACAUCUAUAUCGAUGCCUUUGGGAAAGGCAAGCAGCUGACCGCGAAGGAGUGCGAGUACCUUAUUGGCCACCAGGUGACGGCAGACUACUACAGUGCCAUCACCACCACUGAAGUGCUGCUGAGGAUGGUGGGAAAUCUGCUCAACAUUGGCAAGCGAGGAGAGGGCACUGAAAAAUCCUACCAACUCCUAAGAGACUCCCUCGAUCUCUACCUCACCAUCAAUCCUGACAACGUCCAGUACCUGUUGUUGCAAGCCAGACUUUAUUUCCAUCUUGGCAUUUGGCCUGAGAAGGUGCUGGAUAUCCUCCAGCACAUCCAGGCUCUGGACCCCUCUCAGCAUGGUGCAGUGGGCUACCUGGUGCAGCACACGCUGGAGCACAUCCAGCACAAGAAGCAUCCCGUGGAGCCGGAGGUGAAGAGGCGCAGUGCCGCUGAGCACCGGGAGGUGCAGUAUUCUGUGGGGCUAAUCAUGAAACACAAGAGGUCAGGCUAUAACUGUGUGAUCUAUGGAUGGGACCCUAAGUGUACCAUGAGCCAAGAGUGGAUCACUACCAUGAGGGUCCACCAGCUGUCCAACGGGGCUAACCAACCCUUUUACAAUGUCCUGGUCCAGGACGGCACAUGCCGCUAUGCGGCCCAGGAAAACUUGGAGCCACAUUCUGCCCCUCUGGAGAUCGGACACCCAGAAGUGGGACGCUACUUUUCUGAGUUCUCCGAUACACAUUACUUGGCCAACGAGGAGCUGCAGACACGCUACCCUGAGGACAUGGCCGAGACCCUCCACACCGUCCAGGAACUCUACCACAGUCCAGGCACCAACUCAGGGCACGAGGGGCCUCCAGAGCAGCAGGCCCACAAUGUCCACAUGUAGCUGGCGCCUCCCCGCACCGGGAGCGCUUUCCAUUUGGGCUGACCACCUCCUGCCAAUGCCAGUCAGAGCCAAGACCUUGACCCUCUCAACCACACAACCCACCCAAUCCAUUCCCCUUCACAUGGAAUGAAAUUACAAAAGCUACAUCUGCCACUAAUUGUA